GGGGCGACCGGACGCACAGUCUGGUGGCCAGAUUCUCCAGGAAGAGACAGUUUGAAGCAGUAAGAAAGGAGCCUUUCCAUUCGGGACACUGAGCGGCAGCUGGAGAUGGGGAAUGGAUUUUCAGACCAAACUUCCAUCCUGGCCACGCCCUCCUUCCAGCCCUUCCACAUCGUCAUCCUGGGCUUGGACUGUGCAGGCAAGACCACAGUCUUGUACCCACUGCAGUUCAAUGAAUUUGUAAACACUGUACCCACGAAAGAAUUUAACACGGAGAAAAUCAAGGUAACCUUGGGAAACUCCAAGACUGUCACUUUUCACUUUUGGGAUGUAGGUGGUCAGGAGAAAUUAAGGCCACUGUGGAAGUCCUACACCAGGUGCACAGAUGGCAUCGUGUUCGUGGUGGACUCCGUGGACGUGGAAAGGAUGGAGGAGGCGAAAACUGAACUUCAUAAAAUCACUAGGAUAUCCGAAAAUCAAGGGGUCCCUGUGCUUACAGUUGCUUACAGGAACUCACUGUCACUUUCGGAAAUUGAGAAGUUGUUAGCGAUGGGGGAACUGAGCUCAUCCACUCCGUGGUACCUGCAGCCCACGUGUGCCAUCAUAGGAGACGGAUUAAAGGAAGGACUUGAGAAACUGCACGAGAUGAUCCUCAAAAGGAGGAAGAUGUUGCGACAACAGAAGAAGAAAAGAUGACUAUGAGUACCUCUUGUAUGUAUAUGGAGCAGGCUUGCCCUGAUCUGAUUUGGACACAUGGACACAUGGAAGUGUCCACAGCCUGGUUUGCCGCCUGCCCUGGAUGUUACUUAAAGCUUUGUUUUGUUGAACAAUCAGAUGCCCAACUCCGUUGCCUUGUGGAAUAUGAAUAAAUGCAGUACUUCUUAGAGUGGUCUCUUGCUGCCUUCCCCCCAAAUGUUUUGGUACUACCAUUUUGGGAAGCCAAGCAAGGAUAGUAAACCGACCACAAAAUAGUUGUGGAAAUUGACCUGAAAUUAGUCAAAGAAAACUGAGAAGAAUGUCUACUUAGUGUUUUGUGCUAAUGUUCUUCUGGGAGAAGGCUUUGCAAGAAAUUGCAUUCAGGGCUAUGGAAAGAUGCAAAACAAAUGAAUGGAAAUGUUAACUAGGUUAAUAAAAUACAUGCUUGUAUCAAU